CCCCGCCCCGCGCCUGCUCCAGCUCCUCCUGCGGCACCGGUGGUAGUAGUAGUAGCAGCAGCAGCAGCAGCCAGACGAAGGCGAGGCACGCAUCCCGCGCCGGUGCCCGUCCCGCGGGGAGGAUGGGAGCCCUGGCGCUGACGAAGCCCGGCGGCGGCGGCGGCAGCAGCAGCAGCCGCGGAGAAGGAGGCGGCUGCCUGCCCCGCCUUUGGCGCCUGUGAAGAGGGGGAGACUGUGGCUUCAUGUACCCAAACUUGACAAGCAUAAAGAAUCACGUCUGAAAGGGAAGCCGAAUAAAUGCAGCACAAGACUGGACAGGAGUUUUCACUGCACCUGAUGGCAUUGCUACAGCAACUGGAAACUACGAGUGAAACUUAGAAGUGCAGCAGAAGCCAGGGCACCUCCUCCUUGCCUUUGUGCAGGAGAGCUAUGCAGGAGAGCAAAAGGGGACACUGGGCAGAUUUUGACCACUCUGUGGGCAAGGAAAGCUUCCCUUCCAUAAGAGGAACGUGCAAAUGCUUCCUCAGAAAAUGGGAGUGCUAAUGAGCUCUGCUGAAGCUACUGUUUGUUUGUGGUUGUCUGUUAUGACUUUGCAACCUUCCUGGGACUGAAGUACUUGGUCCUGGUCUAUUGGAGGGCAUCACAAAUUGGACAGUACUCUCACCCUGCUCUCAGAAGAUACACCUGAUAAAAAGAAUUGCUGCAGUUAUUUCUGGAAAGCAGAGAGAGAGAGAGAGAGAGAGAGAGAGAGAGAGAGAGAGAGAGUCUACAGCUAUCCCCUUCUGCUAGUCUCUGCUGUACCAUGGGAUGUAGGCAAAGCUCUGAGGAGAAAGAGGCAGCGCGGCGGUCCCGGAGAAUUGACCGCCACCUGCGCUCUGAGAGUCAGCGGCAGCGGCGCGAGAUCAAGCUCUUACUCCUGGGCACCAGCAACUCUGGCAAAAGCACCAUUGUCAAGCAAAUGAAAAUUAUCCACAGUGGUGGCUUCAACUUGGAGGCCUGCAAGGAGUACAAGCCUUUGAUUAUCUAUAACGCCAUCGACUCCCUCACUCGCAUCAUCCGCGCCCUGGCGACUCUGAAAAUCGAGUUCCACAAUCCCGAUCGCGCCUACGAUGCGGUGCAGCUUUUUGCUCUGACGGGCCCUGCGGAAAGCAAAGGGGAGAUCACGCCUGAGCUGCUUGGGGUGAUGAAGAGGCUCUGGGCUGACCCCGGGGUACAGGAGUGUUUCUGUCGCUCCAACGAGUACCAUCUAGAGGAUAAUGCUGCCUACUACUUGAAUGACCUAGAAAGGAUUGCUGCAUUAGAUUACAUCCCAACAGUUGAAGACAUUCUGCGCUCUCGGGACAUGACCACAGGGAUUGUGGAAAAUAAGUUUACUUUCAAAGAGCUGACUUUUAAAAUGGUGGACGUUGGCGGGCAGAGGUCUGAGCGCAAAAAAUGGAUCCACUGUUUUGAGGGGGUUACAGCAAUAAUUUUCUGUGUGGAGCUGAGUGGAUAUGACUUGAAGCUGUAUGAAGAUAACCAAACGAGUCGGAUGGCUGAGAGCCUUCGUCUUUUUGACUCCAUUUGCAACAACAACUGGUUUAUCAACACCUCCCUCAUCCUCUUCCUGAAUAAGAAGGAUCUGCUGGCCGAAAAAAUUCGCCGCAUCCCUCUGACAGUCUGUUUUCCGGAGUACAAAGGCCAAAACACUUACGAGGAGGCAGCUGUCUACAUCCAGCGUCAGUUUGAGGACUUGAAUCGCAACAAGGAGACCAAGGAGAUUUAUUCACAUUUCACUUGCGCCACUGACACCAGUAAUAUCCAGUUUGUGUUUGAUGCGGUGACAGAUGUCAUCAUUCAGAACAACCUCAAGUAUAUUGGUCUUUGCUGAGGAUCUGUGCAGAUGAAUCUGGUUUCUUAAGGUGAUGUGAAACAGGUGAGCCACAGCUGCUUGCCACAGUGGAAACAAUGGUGCAGUGCUUGGAAGACCCAGUCACAGAAGGGAGAAAUCUGAAGUAUGUUCACAGAUACCCUUCAACUGCCCACACACCUUUUUGCAAAAACAAUGUAUUGGAGUGUGCAAACCUCCCACCAAAUGGCGAGGUUCUGAACUGUAUGGAAGUGUUUUCACCACUAUCACAUCAUCCACUGGCUCAUUCUGUCUGUUUCAUCCCCACCCCCCAACGAGAUAGCAGAGCUUACCAUGUUCUAUGUAUAAUGAGACAGAUUGUUGUCCUUAUUGUCCUAGAAACCAUCAUACUGUUGGAAUGAUGCAGAGCUGGUGAGUUGGGGAGAGGGCUGUGUUGCAACUCCCAGCCCCCAAGAGGAAAGAGACCAGAGGCUAGAGAACAGGCAUAUCUGAGCAAAGGGUUCCUUUAACCUACAGUCUGGUACUUGACCUGUUGAUCAUGUACACAUGGAUCAAGCGUGCACAGACACCUAACUUGCAGCAAGUACAAAGUACAUACUAGAUACACACAUUGUCCUUGCAUCAUGGUUUAUCAUGAAUAAUCUAUCUGUGGAAGGAACUGAUAGUGCAGAAUCAUCCCUGUGAGUCCCUGCCACCCUGACAAGUAUAGCCCCUUCUGCUGUUCACAACUUCAACAUGUGUGCAAAAAAUAAGAAAUGAAUGGAAAUGUUAAGUAAUGACAAGGCCAAAUUGUGGUCAGUGUUUCUUCUACCAGUGAGGAGUUUUAUACAUCAAAAGUCUUAUUUUACAUCUUUUUUUGCCAAAUCUUUGUGCUCUUUCACAAAAACUCUAAAAGUUGAAUAAGUGGUUGAGUGUUGUUGGGUUCUUUUUUAAAUACAGAUAUAUGAAGGUAUACAUUUUUUUUUAAUUAUUGUUUUGUGUCUGGAUUUUGAGUGUGCCAACGGACAAUCCUGUUCCAUUGCUCCAAGGAAAUUCUGACAAGUAUGGCAACAUUUGCAACAGCCUUUCUAAACACAGGAGCCAAUGAAACUGUGUACAAUAUAGCCUUUUAAGUCGUUUUGUUUUGUUUCGGGAGGGGGGUGUUUAUUUUUAAAAAAUGUGCUGUAAUUAUUAGGUGAACAGAUGAGUGAUAUGAACAAUACUUAAAUGUCUUGAUAUUUAAAUUUACAAAACUUAGUGGAAUUUAAGGAAUGGAAGUGAUGCAUUCCUCGGCUCCCUUUCAUCCUGUAUGCCAAUAAUACUGGAUGGUGUAUUACUCUAGCAAAUUUACAGCUAAGUUUGAAUGCCUGAGAAGCUGUGUGUGAAUUUACUGGAUAAUCUCACAUGGAUCCUAGGGCCAGUGCCCAGGCGGUUCCUUCUUCUCCCCCUUGUCCCUUGCAAAAGACUUCUUACAGACUUCAGUGUAAGCUAAGUGUGUAAAUAUACAUUCAAGAAUCGUAAAGCACAUAAAUGCACACACAUACACACACUUGCUCUUACAGUUACACACACACACACACACACACAGUCUCCUUCUGCCUCCCUCCGUUUCCCAGUUGUAUGAAGAUUAGUGAGAAUUCUCAGCCAAGGGCUCUAAGAAAAACCUAAAGAGAAAACAGUGAAUGAUAACAAAAGUUACCGGCUGUCCACUUUUAAGAAAAUAAAUCUGAAUGAUCUUAACUGA